AUGGCGGCGUCGUGCAUCUUCUGCAAGAUCAUCAAGGGAGAGAUUCCCUGCUUCAAGCUCUAUGAGAGUGACAAGACGCUCGCGUUCUUGGACAUCAACCCCCUGAGCCGUGGCCACGCAUUGGUGAUCCCCAAGUUCCAUGGCGAGAAACUGGCCGACAUCCCCGACGACCACUUGAGCGAGGUCCUACCCGUUGCGAAGAAGCUUGUGCAAGCUACUGGGGCUGUAGACUACAACAUCCUCCAAAACAACGGCACGAUUGCUCAUCAGGUAGUCCCGCAUGUUCACUUCCAUAUGAUACCCAAGCCAAACGAGACCGAAGGACUCGGUAUCGGCUGGCCGCAGCAAGCCACCGACAUGGAUAAACUGAAGGCUCUCUUCGAGGACAUCAAGUCAAAAAUGUAA